AUGGCUAAUAACACUCUGAGUGGGUAUCUUCUGAUGGGAUUUUCUGCCAAGCCUAAGCUAGAACUCGUCCAUGCUUCUCUGUUCUUAGUCAUAUACAUGGUGGCGUUAACUGGCAAUAUCCUCAUUAUCACAGCAACUUCCAUGGACAAUAGUCUCCACUCACCUAUGUAUUUCUUCUUGAAACAUCUCUCCUUUCUGGACUUAUGCUAUAUUUCCGUGACUGUGCCAAGGUCCAUUUGCAACUCUUUCAUGGGUAGUGGCUACAUUUCACUAGGUGAAUGCAUAGUGCAGUGUUUUGCUUUUGUUCUCUGUGGAUCAGCUGAGCUCUCCAUGCUCACAUUGAUGUCUUAUGAUCGCUAUGUGGCCAUCUGCAUUCCACUGCGCUACGAAAUCAUCAUGGAUGUCAGCAAAUGUGUUCAAGGAGUCUUAGGCGUCUGGAUAAGUGGGGUCAUUUCUGGAAUCAUGCACACAACUGCCACUUUCUCCACACACUUCUGCAGUUCCCAGAUUCACCAAUACUUUUGCGACAUCCCCCAGCUCUUGAAACUCUCUUGUCCUAAUGAGUAUAUCAGUGAAAUUGGAGUCAUUGCCUUCUUUUCUUUUAUGUCAUUACUUUGUGUCACCUUUAUCGGUCUGUCCUACACACAGAUAUUCUCUAUGGUGCUGAGGAUGCCAUCUGCUGAGGGCAGAGCUAAGGCCUUUUCCACUUGUCUUCCCCACCUCACUGUUGUUAUUUUGUUUAUUUCAACCAGUGUCUUUGAGUUCCUCAAGCCACCUUCGGACUCUCCAAGUGCACUGGACAUUUUUCUCACAAUUAUGUACACAGUUGUGCCUCCAACACUCAACCCAAUGAUUUAUAGUCUGAGAAAUCAAGCCAUGAAGGCAGCUCUAAAAAAGACUUUCCAAAGAAAAAAAGCCUGA